AUGAAGGUCACGCAGAUUUGGUUCUACCCCAUCAAGGGUAUCCGGGGAAUCCAGGUGGAAUCCGCCAAACUGGGGCCCCAGGGUCUUGAACACGAUCGCCGCUUUAUGCUAUGCAAGGUCGAGGAGUCGGGCGAUUUGACAAAAAUGCAGCUGUCCAAGUUCCCCGAGUGCAGUCUCUUUGCCCAGGAGAUUGCCGGCGACAAGAUCCGCGUCAGGUACCUUACUCCUCAAGAACCGUUGGUUCCCUGGCGGCCGGAACAAGACACCGUUUUGGACGUUCCGGUCGACCCAAAGCUAGACGGGAUGGACAGAGCCGACGUCAAUCUUCAUCAAAGCCUGGUCGUCGCAUAUCGCAUGGGUCCAAAGUACGAUGCAUGGUUCUCUGCGUGCUUCGGCUUCAACACCGCCCUGGUCUUCAUCGGUGACGGUCGACGUCCUGUCUUGGGAACUUUCUCACCUAGUGCCCAGAGAUACCCCCAGUCAUGGCCUUCGUGGCUAGCGAGCUAUGUCGGGGGUUACGGGUUUUCUCGCACCGAGGAGGACUGGCUUGCCUUUUCCGAUUGUGCCCCUUAUCUCUUCGCUACGGAGCAGUCACUCAACAACGUUAGUGCCCGCCUGGCCGAAUGCGACGUGGACAUGCGAGCCAUGCGGCCCAACAUUGUCCUGGACGGUGAGAUCGAGUGGGAUGAGGACUUCUGGGCGCAGUUGUCCAUCAAUGGCGCGCACAGAAUCGCCCUGACCAAGAACUGCAACCGCUGUACUUCCCUCAACGUUGACUAUGACACCGGCCGUACAGCGAAGGGAGAGCGUGGUACAGUGCUCAAGAAGCUCAUGUCUGACCGGAGGGUUGAUGUUGGCGCAAAGUACUCGCCCGUCUUCGGCAGAUAUGGUUUCCUCGCCAGCAAGCCUGGAAGCAACGCCAUCGUGUCCAUCGGCGAUCAUGUCGAGGUUACGGAGCGGAGGACUGAGCGUACCGUCUGGGACUGGUCGCUGACGGAUCCCGCAAUCGCACGGUACUAUCGCCACACUUCCGAUGCCAAGAUGAGCUUGCCCGUCGUGCUCUCGCUUUGGUUGACCAGCGCGGCUUUGCUCGGUUUGCUUCCGUGCUGGUUUUUGUUCUCCUGA